AUGGCCAAAUCAUCCUCCAGCAAAACAUGGCUUAUUACUGGUGCCUCCCAAGGUCUGGGCCUGGCAAUUGCAUUGUCUGCAUUGAAAAAAGGUCACAAAGUAAUUGCAGGAGCACGGAAUCCUGAGGUCGCAGGGACAAACCAUCCAGAACUUACCGCCGCAGGAGGAGAGUGGCUGCAUCUUGAUGUAUCACUACCCAGUACCAGAGACAUUGUCCAACAGGCCGCAGAAAAGGCAGGAGGCAUUGAUGUCGUAGUCAACAAUGCUGGGUAUUAUGCAGUGGGACAGAUUGAAGACUUCUCAGAAGAGGAAAUGAAAGACGCGAUGGAGACGAAUUUCUGGGGGCCGGUACGCGUGGUCCAAGGCGCACUUCCAGGCAUGCGAGCCAGAAAGUCUGGCACGAUCGUUUCCAUCUCAUCAAUCCUUGGAUUCUACCCCUGCCCAGCUGGCGUACUUUACUCGUGCCCAAAAGCUGCACAAGAUAUGCUGCAGUCGGUUCUCAAGUCCGAGCUUGCUGUGUUCAACAUCCGGACCAUCACCAUCACCGCUGGUCUUUACCGGACUGGUGUCAUUACAGCCUCCAAGCUGCCGGCUGCUGGUAUCACGGAGGACUAUUUGGCCGGCUCGGUCGGGAAAUGUUUGCAGGAUUCAGGGAAAUUCGCCCAGGACGCAAGCGAUAUCCCCGGCGACCCCGAGAAAUUCGGCGAGCGGAUUGUCGAAGUUGUUGAUUCCACGGGCCUGGCAAGUGGUUUGGAGAAGACUUCGCGGUUCCUCUUUGGGAAAGAUGCCAUUCAGUUGUCGAAGCUAAGGAUGGCGGAGUUGGCGGAGGAUUUUAAAAAUAGUGAGGAUAUCGCAGCGAGUACAGAUUUUGAAGGCCAUACUGGGAGAGGUGUCUUGAGUAUUUCUGACUAUCUCUAA